CUAAACCCUACUCUCAUGGCCGUCCCCAUAGUUAUCUGCAAAUCUUUGCUUCUUCUUCUUCUCUUCUUUCUGUCGUUCUUCAGUCUUCCUCUUCAAACCUUAUCAAAUUCGAAUUUUGAUCAGACAACCAUCAAAACUUUUAUCUUUCGCGUCGACCAGGACUCCAAGCCUUCCAUCUUCCCCUCUCACUACCACUGGUACAGUUCUGCCUUCGCCGACCCAGUUCAAAUCCUUCACGUUUAUGAUACGGUCUUUCACGGUUUCUCUGCCACUCUAACAUCCGACCAUGCAGCUUCCCUGCUUAAAAACCCCUCUGUUCUCGCUGUCUUCGAAGAUCGUCGUCGGCAGCUCCACACCACUCGUUCUCCUCAAUUCCUCGGCCUCCGAAACCAGCAAGGCCUCUGGUCUGGAUCCGACUACGGCUCCGAUGUAAUAAUCGGCCUUCUUGACACCGGAAUUUGGCCUGAGCGUCGGAGUUUCUCCGAUCGCAAUCUCGGCCCUGUUCCAACUCGGUGGAAGGGUAUCUGCGAGUCUGGAGUUCAGUUCACUGCUGCUCACUGUAAUCGGAAGCUUAUCGGGGCUAGGUUUUUCGCCAGAGGCCAUGAAGCGGCUGUGAGAAUGAAUGGAGCUAGCGAAGUCAAGUUGGCUAACGCCACUGUUGAGUACCGAUCGGCUAGGGACGCAGAUGGCCAUGGAACACAUACAGCUUCCACAGCUGCAGGUCGUUACGUAUUCCAGGCAAGCAUGGCCGGCUACGCUUCUGGGAUUGCCAAAGGUGUCGCUCCAAAAGCCAGGUUAGCAGUCUACAAAGUGUGCUGGAAGGGCUCUGGAUGCUUCGACUCUGAUAUUCUCGCUGCAUUCGAUCGUGCUGUGGCGGACGGGGUAGACGUCAUUUCCAUCUCCAUCGGUGGAGGUGAUGGUAUUUCCGCUCCUUAUUAUCUCGAUCCAAUUGCCAUUGGGGCUUAUGGUGCCGUUUCGAAAGGGGUAUUCGUGUCUUCCUCCGCCGGUAACGAUGGGCCCAACGUUAUGUCUGCAACUAACCUUGCACCAUGGCUUACUACCGUUGGAGCUGGAACAAUCGAUCGUAAUUUCCCGGCCGAUAUAAUUCUUGGUGAUGGACGGAAGCUUGUAGGUGUAUCUCUCUACUCUGGUGAACCACUGAACGGUAAAAUGUUCCCGCUGGUUUACCCCGGCAAAUCGGGAAUACUUUCCACUUCACUCUGUAUGGAGGAUUCUCUCGAUCCAAAACUCGUCAGAGGCAAGAUCGUAAUCUGUGAUCGGGGGAGUAAUCCCCGAGUCGCAAAGGGUUUGGUCGUCAAAAAAGCAGGUGGCGUUGGAAUGAUCCUCGCCAAUGGAGCCUCGAAUGGCGAAGGUCUUGUGGGCGAUGCUCACCUCAUCCCUGCCUGUGCAGUGGGCGCCAAUGAAGGUGACGCACUCAAAGCUUACGUUUCAUCUUCUUCUGUUCCGACGGUCACCAUCGUCUUCCGCGGCACCGUCAUUGGCGUGAAACCGGCACCGGUGGUGGCCUCCUUCUCCGGUCGAGGGCCCAAUGGUUUGGACCCAGAGAUCCUCAAACCAGACCUGAUUGCCCCUGGUGUCAACAUUCUGGCGGCCUGGACCGACGCUGUAGGACCUACCGGCUUAGAUUCCGAUACUCGGAAAAGUGAAUUCAACAUUCUCUCAGGCACAUCCAUGGCUUGCCCCCAUGUGAGCGGGGCCGCUGCCUUACUCAAAUCGGCCCACCUGGAUUGGAGCCCUGCUGCUAUUCGGUCGGCGAUGAUGACUACAGCGAGCGUCGUCGACAAUCGUCUUCAAACCAUGAUCGAUGAAUCCACUGGUAAGUCAUCGACGCCUUACGAUUUCGGAUCUGGCCUUCUUAACCUCGAUCGAGCAAUGGACCCUGGACUCGUAUACGACAUAACCAACGAUGACUACGUGAGCUUCUUGUGCUCUAUCGGUUACGGGCCAAAAACGAUCCAGAUAAUCACAAAAACACCUGCUAGGUGUCCGGCGAGGAAACCGUCGCCGGGGAAUCUGAACUACCCGUCUAUCACGGCGUUAUUUGAUGCUUCGGCGCGUGGGGUCUCGAGCAAGACAGUGAUUCGGACAGUGACGAAUGUCGGGCCGGGGAACUCGGUUUACAGAGUAAAGUUGGAAGCCAUACCGAGAGGGGUUUCGGUGACCGUGAAGCCGUCGACGCUGGUAUUCUCGGAGACGGUGAAGAAGCGCAGCUUCGCUGUGACGGUAUCGGCCGACACUCGGAAUUUGGUAUUGGAUGACAGUGGUGCGGUUUUUGGGUCUCUAUCUUGGUCUGACGGAACACAUGUGGUUCGAAGCCCCAUAGCGAUCACGCAGGUGGAGAUUUUGUGAUCAGAUUUCAUGUAGUGGUUUGGUAGUUUGACCGUUAGAUUCGGAUCCUCGUGAGCAGUUGAGUUUA